AUGGGUCUUGCGGGAACGAAAGUAAAACAAAAUUUUGGACUUGAUCCAAGAAAUACAAAUUGGUCAAAUGACACAACAAGAUUUGGACAUCAAUAUUUAUCUAAAAUGGGUUGGAAAUCAGGUAAAGGUUUAGGUAUUACUCCAGAUUCAAUAACAACACACUUAAAGAUACAUAUCAAACAAGAUAAUUCAGGAUUAGGAGCAAAAUUGAAAAAAGCAGAUAAAGAUAAAGAUUUAGAUGAAUGUAGUGGAUUAGAUGCAUUUCAAAGAAUUUUAGGUAGAUUAAAUGGUAAAGAAGAUAAAAUUAAUAAAGCUAUGGAUUUAAAAAGAAAUGAUGAAAUUAUCAAUGGGAAAUGGGGGAUGAGAUUUGUUAAAGGAGAAGUAUUAUCAAGUACUUGGGAUAAAGAUAGUAAAAAAUUAAUAUCGUAUAAAAAUGAUGAUGAAAAUAAUACUAAGAAAAGAAGUAUAGAGGAAGAAAGUGAGGACCAAGAACUUAUAAAUGGGGAUAUACGACAAAGUAAAAAGAUAAAAUUAGAUGCAAAAGAUAAGAAGAGUAAAAAAGAGAAGAAGGAGAAGAAGGAGAAGAAAGACAAGAAGGACAAAAAGUCAAAGAAGAGAAAUAUAGAGAAAGAUGAAAUACUAGAGAAGAAAGACAAAAAGUCAAAGAAAAGUAAGUCCAAAGAUGAUUCAAACUCUAAAGACAAAAAGGAAAAGAAAGAUAAGAAAAAUAAAAAGAAUAAAACCAAAGAAUCAAGUUCAAAAGAAACUUCAGUAGAAACUGACUCACGAUCAUCAACACCAACAACAUUAGCAUCAAGACAUUCUGCAAGAUCAAAAUGGAUAAAACAAAAAAGAGCAUCAGUAAUGGAUCCAAAAGCAUUAAAUGAAAUAUUCAUGAUUACAAAAUAG